AAACCAGAAAAAAAAAAAAAAGACACAACAGUGAAAGACGCAUAAAAGUAAACGUAAAAAAUAAAAAUAAUAGAUUUAAUUUUUAUUUUCUUAUAUAAAUUUGUACCUGUACACACAAGACAAACAAAUUUCAUACAAAUUUAUUUUGUUUUUUUGUUAAAUUUAUUAGAAAUAUUUAUAUUUAUAAAACAAAACUCCAACAUGUCUGAAAAAUUUGAUGGAGCAAAAGGUAGUGAUGAAAGUGGUGAUGAAGAUUCAAGCAGUAAUCAAAGUCUCAAACUUAGACUGCCACCAUUGGAAAUAAAUCCAAAUGAAAAUCAACUACAGUAUGGCUAUGCAUUGUGGUACAGUAGAAGAUCAGUUGGUAAACAAACUGACAGACGUUAUGCUGAAAAUUUGAAGCUCAUUGGAAGAUUUGGAAGUGUUGAACAAUUUUGGUCACUUUAUAGUCAUCUUAUUAGACCAUCUGAACUCAUGGCAUAUUCAGAUUUUCACCUAUUUAAACAUGGCAUAAAACCCAUGUGGGAAGAUUCAGCAAAUAAAUAUGGUGGUAAAUGGGCAGUAACGUUGAGAAAGGGUUCAGUUGAUCGUUGCUGGGAAAAUUUGGUUUUGGCAAUGUUGGGUGAACAAUUUAUGGUUGGUGAAGAAAUUUGUGGAGCUGUUGUAUCAAUAAGAUAUCAGGAGGAUAAAAUAUGUGUUUGGAAUAAAACAUCAUCAGAUGUUGCAACGACAGCAAGAAUAAGAGAUACACUUAGACGUAUAUUGAAUUUACCAACAGAUGUUUUGAUGGAUUAUAAACCACAUAAUGAACGUUUAAAAUAUGCCACAAUUAAAAGCCAAAGUGAUGGAGGAGUUGUCAAAGCUGAUUAUUAAUUUUUUAUCAUAAUAAAUAUAAUCAUGACAAACCAAUUUGACUGAACAUCUUGAUAUGGUAAUUUUACACGCAUUUAUCUUGAGAUAAAAUGUUGUUAUUGAUUUGUAUAGCCAUUAUAAAAAAAAACAAAAAAAAAAAUUACAUACAAAAGAAAAUAGA